ACGAUAAAAGAUAGAAUAAAACUUCAUUGGUCUGGAAUUGACUUUUACAGUCAUGUGCGAUUGGUUUUUACAGUACCUGCUGAAUUCAAUGAAAAGUCCAAGACAAUUAUGAGAAAAUGUGCAUACGAUGCCAACUUGAUCAAAUCUAUUGGCACACUAAGUCUUCAAUUUACCACUGAAC